CUCGCUAACUCGCCCUAAAAAUCGGCCGAGCGAGUAACAGCAAAUUCAUCACCGUAUUCUUUCAUUUCCUCGGAUUGCCAUCGCCGAUUUUUCUCCGACCAGCGUCAACAACCACAAUAACCACCAGGAGAAACAAAUCUUUUUUGCAUAGUCUAUAGCUAUGGUUAGAGGAAGAGAUGCAUGUUGGGAACAUUGUGUCCUUGUUGAUGCUACUAGACAGAAGGUAAGAUGUAACUAUUGUCGGCGGGAGUUCAGCGGAGGGGUUUACCGAAUGAAGUUCCAUUUGGCUCAAAUAAAAAACAAAGACAUAGUACCAUGUGGUCAAGUCCCGAAUGAGGUAAGGGACCACAUUAAAAGUAUUUUGAACAAUCCAAAAAAACAGAAAAAUCCUAAGAAAGCAAAAUUGGAUCAAGCUGCCAAUGGUCAGGAAAGUAGUAGCUCUUCAGCUAGUGGUGGAAUCCGUCCUCCUCAUGAUGGAUUUAGUGGACAGAAUGGUAGUCCAUGUCCUCCGUCCAUUAUGUUAGCACACCGUUCUUCUAGUUCACAGCCAGCAGUUGACGAUGUUCAAAAGCAGAAACAGGACAAUGCUGAUAAGAAGAUUGCUGAGUUUUUCUACCACAAUGCAAUUCCUUUUUCAGUCUCAAAGUCCUUUUACUAUCAGGAAAUGGUAGAUGCUAUUCUUGAGUGUGAAGCGGGGUAUAAAGCUCCAUGUACUGAAGAAUUGGGCACUGAACUUUUGGAGAAAGUCAAAGUCGAUGUCGAUGACGGUUACAAGAGAUUAAGGGAUGAAUGGAAGGAAACAGGCUGCACAAUCUUAUGUGAUUGCUGGUCUGACGGAAAGGCCAAAUGCCUUGUGGUAUUUUCUGUGACAUGUUCUAAAGGGACAAUGUUCCUUAGGUCCGUAGACGUAUCUGAUCAUGCAGAUGAUCCUCAUUAUCUAUUCGGGUUGCUUGAAUCAGUUGUUCUGGAAAUUGGUGUUAAAAAUGUCGUCCAAGUAAUGACAGAUAGUUCUGCUAGUUACAUAUAUGCUGGAAGGCUUGUCAUGAAGAAGUACCCUUCGGUGUUCUGGUCUCCGUGUGCUUCACAUUGUAUCAAUAAAAUGUUAGAGGAUUUCAGCGAGCAUGACUGGGUGAAUGUUGUCCUUAAAGAGGCAAAUAUGAUCACAAAAUACAUAUACCGUAAUGACUGGAUUCUAGAUAUGAUGAGAAAAUUUUCAGGUGGAAGGGAGUUUGUCCUCGUUCGACCAAGAAUUACAAACUUCGUAGCAAUUUUUCUCUCUUUACGGGCCCUUGUAGUUCAAGAGGAUAAUUUGAAACACAUGUUCUCUCAUGCAGAGUGGUUGUCAUCCAUAUAUAGUAGGCACCCCGAAGUCCAAGCCAUAAAGUCAUUGUUGUGCCUUGAAAGAUUCUGGAGAUCCGCACGUGAAGCUGUUACGGUUUCUGAACCCCUACUUAAACUGUUGAGAAUUGUCGACGGAGACAUGCCUGCUAUGGCCUAUAUGUACGAGGGAGUGGAAAGAGCAAAGCUCUCCAUUAAAGCAUUUUAUAAGGACGUUGAUGAAAAAUUUGUGCCGAUUUGGGAUAUAAUUGACAGUAGAUGGAGCACGCUUCAAUCCCCAUUACAUGCAGCAGCAGCAUUCCUUAAUCCCUCCAUUUUCUACAACUUGAGCUUUAAGAUUGAUGCAAGGAUCAGGAAUGGCUUUCAAGAAGCCAUGACGAAAAUGGCUUCUGAGGAUAAAGAUAAAGUAGAAAUUACUAAAGAGCAUCCGAUGUACAUAAAUGCGCAAGGUGCUUUAGGGACUGAAUUUGCAAUAAAGGGAAGGACACUGAAUGCCCCAGCUGAUUGGUGGACGGGUUAUGGCUACGAAAUUCCAACUUUACAGAGAGCUGCUAUACGGAUUUUGAGUCAACCUUGUAGUCUUCACUGGUGUAGAUGGAACUGGAGCACUUUUGAUGGUGUUCAUGAAAAAAGACGGGAAAGGUUGGAGCUUGAUAGAUUCAAUGAUCUUGUUUACGUGCACUGCAAUCUCUGGUUACGGGCACUUAUAAGAAGUAAAGAUGGCAAAUGGAAGCCAAUCAAUUUUGACGAAAUAGAUGUUGGUGCUGAAUGGCCUACUGAAGCUGAAGUUGCGCCAUGCACUUACUUGGAUGAUUCAUGGUUGCAACUUGCACACUUCACCCCUUGAAGGCAAAGGUUGGUUAGAUACUUUCUGAGGAACUAGAACCCAUUGAGGGGAGGUCGGCUUGGGAAGGGGAAAGUGGUGAGUGAUCAAAAGUCGAAGACUGUAAAUCUGUUGAAGUUUUUCUAUUAAUCCUGUCAGUGCAGGAAGGCCAACUGAGCGAAACUCUGUUCUUUUUUUGGCACGUAGGGGACUGAGAUCCACUAUAUGUACGUUGCUCAACUUGUUGGGAUUGAAAAUACAUGGAAAAUCUAUAUUACCGACCUCUUUGUUGUUCCUUCCUCUUUGGGUGACGUUAGCAUACAAGCUAUCGCAAUCCCUUACCUGCUGAAUGAACAAAGACAAAUAUGAGUGUUGUACAAUACCUCAACCACUCGAAUCGCCAUCGUCAAGUCUUCAACGUGCCAAAGUGGAGACGAGAAGAAUCUAUUGAGCCAUCCGGGAAAAGUAUAAAACGGAUACAAAAGUCGGAUCCAAAGGUAUGGCCUAACGGUAAUGAAGUGGGUGAAAAGUACACGAUUUCUUCUCAUCUGUUUAAGUCUUGGUGGUUAGAAUUAUCUGCUUCCCCUCUGGGUCGUAUAGCUUUUUAAACUUAUUUAUAUCAGUUUUUCCUAUUAAAAGAAAAUAUUGCACCAAAGUAGACAUUUAUCUGGAGUUAUUAUUAUUGUAUACAAAUAUAAUGUAAUAUUGAAUUAUCAAUUAUUAUUUUU